AUGGCUGCAGAAAACUCCGCCCAUCUAGCUCAAUACACAACUGGCCCCGCCCCUCAGGUUGUGAGAUCUCAGACGAAUGCUGCCUCGGCUAGUAGACCGACAAACAUCCACUCCCCUCAAGUUUCCAGAGCUCAGCAAGGUUUACCCCAGUCAGACAGGCAGGUAGGGAGUCCACCUUUGCCACGCCCACAACAGAACUCCGCCCACAGUGCUGCUCGGCAGUCAGAUAACCACACCUUCCCUGCAAGAGUCCAGGAUAAUGCUGUCAAUCAUUUGUCACGACUUCAAGAUACAACCCCUUCAAAAUCUAGUUCUGGUAGACAGGUAAAUGAUACACAGAGUAUGGAGUCAAGCCAGGGUGAAGAUUUUAGUUUCAAUGAAGACCUCAUGGAAGGGGAGCACAUGGCUACACUAGGUAAGUGCUGAUCUUUACUUCUAAUGUUGGUGUUUCU